UCUUUAGAAGUUUAUUCCACUUAAAGGACAGACUACUGGGCAGGACUUAUUUUCUUCUUUUCAAAGUAUUAUUUCUUCUGAGAAAAUUACAAAGUCGAAAAUGCUAUGGUGGGUCCUGAAAAGGGUCUCGUGUGGUUAUGGCGUAAAUAUGAAAGUUUUCCGUAAAUUCUCUGUUACGAUUGCAUUAUCCAUCAGCAAGCAUUAUGAGAACGUUUUCUAA